GGGCCCACGGAUUUUAGCUCCAAAUAAUCCAAUAUUAGUGGACCCCACAGAUUGAAACAAAAGCCAUUAUAUGCUAACAAACAUGGAUUCAUUAUAAAGUCCAACAUAUGUUGGAUUUUGGGCCAAAAUCCAACACCAAAAUACCAAAAGCAAACGACCUCUUAGUGUUGCAGGUGUUGAGCGCAAAAUGCAGAUGCUGGAGCUGGAGGAAUGGCGUUACCACGCCUAUGAGAACACCAAGUUGUACAAGAAGCGCACUAAGAGCCUGCACGAUGCACGGUUGCGGGGUCCGAAAGGGUUCCAGGUUGGUGAUCGAGUUCUCCUCUAUAACUCUCGCCUGAAGCUCUUUCCCGGAAAACUCCGUUCCCGGUGGUCUGGACCGUUCACGGUCACACAGGUGUUCCCGUAUGGCACGAUUGAGAUUGCCAACCUGCAAACUAAGCCAUUUAAAGUGAAUGACCAACGUCUCAAACUCUACCUGGGAGACGAGGUCGAACGUGCGGAGUUGGUAGUGGAACUCGCGGACCCUUAGUUCCGCCAUGGGCGUCCAACUAAAAGACGGUAAAGAAGCGCUUGUGGGGAGGCAACCCCACCACGUUUUGCAUUUCUUUUUCCUUUUUUCUCUGUUUUUGUGUCGUGUUGAGUCAGUUGCAUGUCUGUGUAGAAGUUCGGUAGUUGGUUAUGUAUCGGUUUGGUGUUUUCGUUCAGGGGAGGUUGAAAAUUUGGGAGAAUGAGAAUUUUGGCUGGAAGGGUAAAAUACCCGGUCGUGAGCCAAAAUACCCGACAUGGUAUUUUUGGUCCAAGGCCGGGGAUUUCCCAGGAUUGUAACGCCGCGUUUCAGAGACCCCCGACCUUGCUCAAAAAUACCCGACCGGGUAUUUUUGGCACAAGGUCGGGAAUUUCCAAGAGCAUGAAACUCGACGUUUUACAAAAACCCGGUCAGGGACUCAAAAUACCCAACCUGGUAUUUUUGAGCCCCGACCGGGGAUUUUUCCUAUUUAAGCAAACCCUCGGUCAGUUUUCUCUCUCUACCCUCAUUUUUUCCAAAUUUUUCCUCUCCUCCUCCACAAACCCUCUACCCUCUCUCCUCCUUUGCCUCCCGCCGGCCGCCCCAUGCCGGCGCCCGCCGCCUCCCUUUUUCGCAUCCCUCACCCAUUUUUUGUGCCCCCAGCCAGCUACAGUUCUACUUGAGUUUCCUUGUGUGUUUCUUGUUUACUACUCUUCUUCUGGAAAAUCGAAUUGUAGUUUGUAGGUCCGAGAACUGUGAUUGCAUGACAUGCUUGAAUUAGAAUAGGGUGAGGGACGCCUUGUGUAUGAUUGGCUAUGACUAUUGUGUGUGUGCUGCCCGGGUGAUUAAAUUGGUCGGUUGUGUUUGCUUCUUGCCUUGAUUACGGUUGAGUUGCUUGCAAUUCAACCGGUUAUGCUUAAACUGCUAGCCUAGGUGAUCCUUAAGUGUGGGGGAAGCAAUGAACCCAUACUGUUGGU